GAACCCUCCAUGCACCCACUCACCCUCGCCUACACUCACACUUGAGAGCUCAGCAGGAGGAAGGAGACGAAGCAAGAGCAAGCAAUGGCAACCAUGGCUCUGUCCUCUCCGACUUUGGCCGGCAAUGCCGUCAAGCUCACACCCUCCGCUGCCUCCAACCUGCUUGGCGAGGGGCGCGUCACCAUGAGGAAGACCCCCUCCAGGCCCACCAGGGUGGCCUCCUCCGGCAGCCCAUGGUACGGCCCAGACCGUGUCAAGUACCUCGGCCCACUCUCCGGCGACGCCCCCUCCUACCUCACUGGUGAGUUUCCCGGUGACUACGGCUGGGACACUGCUGGGCUGUCUGCUGACCCCGAGACCUUCGCCAAGAACAGAGAGCUGGAGGUGAUCCACGCUAGGUGGGCUAUGUUGGGCGCUCUCGGCUGCGUCUUCCCCGAGCUGCUCGCCAGGAACGGCGUUAAGUUCGGUGAGGCUGUCUGGUUCAAGGCCGGAGCUCAGAUCUUCAGCGAAGGAGGACUCGACUACCUCGGCAACCCCAGCCUGAUCCAUGCACAGAGCAUCCUUGCCAUCUGGGCCUGCCAGGUCAUUCUCAUGGGUGCCGUCGAGGGGUACCGCAUUGCCGGUGGACCGCUCGGAGAGGUGACCGACCCCCUGUACCCUGGUGGCAGCUUCGACCCACUCGGCCUUGCUGAUGACCCCGAGGCAUUCGCCGAGCUGAAGGUGAAGGAAAUCAAGAAUGGCAGACUGGCCAUGUUCUCCAUGUUCGGAUUCUUCGUUCAGGCCAUUGUCACCGGCAAGGGACCUCUCGAGAACCUUGCCGACCACCUCGCCGACCCCGUAAACAACAAUGCCUGGGCUUACGCCACCAACUUCGUUCCCGGCAAGUGAGGUGCUGAAUUAUAUUCUCACGUCAACAAAUAAUUGAAAUCCAGUGAGUCAUAUUUCGUGGUGUGCUACUUGUAGCGUGUGAGUAUGUGUGAAGGUCUACCUAGGUGUAAAUGAUCCAACCAUUUUGAUUUCCCUCUUGUAUGAGUGUUUUCAAUGUGCUCCAAUUUCCAAUCUAUUGAUGGUAUUCAUUUCCAA